AUGGGACUCACCAAGAAGAACAAAGCGAAGCCCGAUGGCGAGGCAGACGCAGCAGCAGCACCGGAUGCAGCAGCCACUACAUUCCCAUCCGCACCAUCAACCACAGAACUCCUCCUCCGAGGAGAGCGCGAGAAGUCCCAAAGCGCCUAUCAGCGAGCCCAAAAAGCCGAACGGGCCUACCGUGCCAAGAAAGAAGCCGAUCGCGCUCGUGGCGAUUACAAGUCGACCAAGUCACAUUUUCGGACAUCCUGCAUGGAAUUGAAGCUGGGUCUCAAAUCUGCUUUUGGAGCUAUGCGGGCGAGUCCUGCCGUGGUGCAGGAGAAGAGGACGAGGGCGGAGAGUAAGGCGGAGAUACGAAAGGCGAAGAAGGAUGAGGCGGAGAGGAAGAAAUUGGAGGAGAAAUUGAAGAAGGCUGAGGAGAAGGCGAAGCUUGAGGGGGAGGGAGCGGCGGAGGCGGAGGAGGCGGCGGCGUAA